AUGGCUCAAAGCUCGAAGGUGUAUAACCACGGUAUUGGUGAUGCGACUUGCCCUCGCUGCAGUGCUCACUUUAAGCGCCCUGAUUUGUUAGAGCGACAUCUAAAUAGGCAUCGUCAAAAAGACGCUGAAGCCGGAGGUGAAGGUGCUGGAGUCCUAAAUACUCGGAAACGGUCUUGGAGAGCUCCAGACGGUAGCGUUGUACCGAAGAAGCCGGCGACGGAAUCAGAACAGCCUCCAACGGAGCAGGCUGCUCAUCAAAACCGAAGUGGUACGACGUCAUUUGCUCAAGACAGUUAUACAGAAGGCCCCAUUUCACCGCCCGCAUCUACAUCGAACUCAGAAGUGGGUCAAUAUCAAGAUUUCCAGCACCAAGAACAACACGAUGAUUCCAAUUUGCUCUUGGACGGAAGUUCCUGGUCUGUUCCAAUCGAAGAUGCCCAGUCAAAUAUUCAAGAGAACUUUUGGAUAGAUCCGGGGCUCCUACCGCAUAUAGCGGCGCCAUCUCAGGGCUUUUUACUUCCCUAUGAGGAGAUAUUCCAACCUGACACCGCCAGCUCUUUUAACAUGCCCUACACAACGGCAGCAAAUUAUAACUGGCUUUUUGAACAAAACAAUAAUAACGUCUUCGAGACACUGGCAAAUCAGUGUGCAAUGGAAAUUGACUCUGGACUUCCAUCUCAUGUUGCCCAGCAAGGCAUAUAUAUGGAUCUAGACCCUACCCAAUCGAGUCAAGAUCGGAACCCGCCCGAGCAUACAAUGCCUGGGAACAAACGUAGAAGCGAAUAUCCACGAGUCCUCACGCCGAACAACAGUAUCUCAGGAUCGAUGCAUUGCUCCGAAAAGAACAAAAAUCUCACGCCCUCCGAAGGACAUCCUAACAAUGGAGCAAGCACUGGAUCGCAUACCAAGCAAACGUCACCCACAGAAGUGUCCUUCUCAUCCAGUAGAGGCACCGACUUAGAAAGACCCCUGUCCACUCUCAAACCACCAACAAAUCUUCCCGUGAUCCAGGACGAUGCAAGGGACCGCAUCGUGGAAAUCAUUGAUGUCGCACAACCGAUAGUUCCAUUUGGUGGUCCUUUCAGCGCCUGGGAUCACCCACUCCUCAACCUAUCUGCACUCCAAGAAUAUCUGGAUCUCUUCUUCACCAAAUUUAAUACGACCUAUCCUCUUAUACACUGUGGUACAUUUGAUACCAGUCAGACUGAACCGCUCCUACUUUUGUCGGUCAUCUUACUUGGUGCUACAUAUUCCAACAGAGAUGCUCACCAAUUAGCUGUGUGCAUACACGAUGUCGUUCGACCACAGAUCUUUGCACAUGCUGGCUUCAGCACUAAGCCUGAACUUUGGGUUUUGCAGACUAUUUUACUUGUCGAGUGUUUUGGUAAAUCCAGGGCAGGGCAAAAGCAGCACGAUAUGAGCCACCUCUUUCAUGGCUUGCUCAUCAAUCUCAUUCGUCGAUCUGAUUGUCAGACGAUUCAGACUGCCCAAUUUCGGGAGCCGCCAAAAGAGGAAAAAGACCUUGAAACCCACUGGCGUCGAUGGGCUGAAUCAGAAGAGAAAAAGCGGCUCGCCCUGCUUUGCUUCAUGUGGGACACACAGCAUGCCGUUUUGUUCUGUCAGAGCUUAUGCAUGUCGGCCUUCGAGCUGCGUUUGUCAAUGCCCUGUAAUCAGGCACUUUGGGAGGCCAAGGACGAGUCAACGUGGCAGAAUGCUCAAAUCGCAGAACCGCACCCAGAGAUUCCCUACCUCACAGCACUAAAAUCUUACCUCUUCAACCCUGGCAGUCAGCGCCCAACAAAGCUAAAUUCGCUGUCGAGAAUUCUUGUCUUGCACGGUCUCAUGUCAAUUGCAUGGGACUUGGAGCGCCGCGAUCAGACCGCCCUUGGAGUAGUCAGCUUCGUAGGUGGAGUGAACUGGCGCAAUAGGCUCGGAGACGCCUAUGACCUUUGGAAGCUUGACUUUGAUGCAUACUGCUCCGAAUUUGUGAUCAAGCAGAGACAGCACAGUCAGGCACCAAGCGACGAGCCCGUUGAUUGGAAUGCAGCCCGUCGAGAGUUUGCCACAUUCUCUACCGCCUACAACGCUGUUUAUCACGCAGCUCAUAUUCUACUAACCAGUUCCUUCUUAGAUGUACAGAUAUAUGCUGGCUCUAGACAUAUUCUCGGUAGACCCAUCCGUAGAGGCGACUACAUUCGUUCCGAAAAAGUUAUCAAGCGAUGGGUGACUUAUGCAGAGGCCCCGGGAAGUACUUCCAGAGGUGGCUCACCGAUCCCAUCGCACGAUGAGGUGGUACCAGGUGCUGCGGCGAAAGCAGCUUAUCAUGCUGCAUGCAUGCUUCGCGAUGCUUCAACCAAUUUGGAUGAUUUUGACUCGAUGGGCAUAUUCCACGUACCUUGGUGCCUUUAUUUGGCUGCUCUUACUCUAUGGGCUUUCCACCAUGCUCGGCCUAGUAGACGGGGUGGCAAUGAAGAUGACACAAGCGAAAUGGUCUGGGAUGCUAGGAAAGAAAUGGACGAACUACUUUUGAGCAUGACUGCAGUGAAAGCAUGGAAUAUCGGCACAAAUCAAACGUGUCGAAGCCCACUUGGCCUGGUCUGGGUUCUAGCCGAAGCUCUCGGCAAGGUGCGGUGGGGGAUAGUACACUCAGGAGUUCAGGUUUUGAGAGCGUUGGUGCCUAUGCGGCUUAUUGGGCAUUACGAAGAUCGAAAUGAAUGA